AUGUCCGACAGCUACGAAAACGCAGAGAUAGAAGUUGAAAUGGAGCGUACGGAAUUCAUGGGAAGGGAAUAUCAGACCUGGUCUGUAGAGCAGAACGUAUAUAAGGUUCCAAUUGACGAUGAAGAAGAAGACCGUCUGGAAGAGGAACAUGCUAUUAUCUCUGGAUUUUUCAGUACCACGGGUGAGGAUCGUCUGUACUUCGCUCCGUUGACCAGACCCAAGAACAUUCUUGAAUGUGGCUAUGGUAGAGGUCAUUGGGCCAUUGCGAUCGCCAAUCAGUUCCCAGAUUCAACUGUUUGUGGCGUUGAUAUCAACUGGGAGGCACUUCCAGAAGAGCCUGAGAAUCUUGUCCUCGAAUGGGCUAACCUCAACAAGAAUAUAACAUCCAAAAGUAAAUCUGGGGAGCUGCAACAAGGAAAGUUCGAUUACAUCCAUUCGAGAUUCAUUGCAUUCGGACUCAGAGAAAAGAGAUGGCCGAGCUACGUCAAAGAACUGAGAAGUCUCGUCAAGAGGGGUGGCUAUGUUGAAUUCGUAGAGUAUGAUUUCUUGUUCCAGUCUGAUAGUGGAUGGUGCGGCUAUGAUCCGAAGCAAUUCGCAAUUGGGCAGCUGUCGGAUUAUGUUCGCGAUUGGCAGACGCGUUACCACUCCAGUGAUGCGCGUGCUAGUACAAAGCUUGCGACCUUGAUGGGAGACGCUGGCUACAAAAACGUAGUAUCUGGGAUGUAUCAAGUACCUAUCGGCAGCUGGGGUGAUAGUGAACACCAUCGCUACUGGGGGGAGCGAAACAAAAACAACACCAAAAGGCUUUUAGAAUCUUUUGCUCUAUGGCCACUUUCAGAAUUUGGCUGGCCAGAUUCAGAAGCCACAGUUCGCAGUUUGAUAACAAGAGCUCAGCAGGAUCUGGAUAAUCCGCACCUUCGGUUAUACAUCCGCCUGUAA